CCCAGAUCUAGGUCAAGUCUGCAGGCAGAAGCUGGUUCUGGGGGCUCCUGGUAGGGGGAGCCCCAUCUCCCGUCAUGUCCCGGCGGAGCCAGCGCCUCUCGCGCUACUCACAGGGGGACGAUGAUAGCGGUGGCAGCAGUGGUGGGAGCUCCGUGGGGGGCAGCCAGAGCUCCCUGUUCAAAGACAGUCCCCUCAGGACCCUGAAGAAGAAACCCAGUACCAUGAAGCGCCUGUCGCCAACGCCUUCACUGGUCUCCGACUCGGACCCGCACACGUCCUAUUACAGCGAGUCCAUGGUGCGGGAAUCCUACGUGGGCAGUCCCCGAGCCGUGUCACUGGCCAGGAGCGCCCUCCUGGACCGGCAGCUGCACGGGGAUCUCUACUGGAGCGAGGACACACGGACCAGGAGGAGGCGAGGCUCUGGAGACACAGAGAGCAGCAAGCAGAAUGGGCUGGGGAGCUCCAAGCUGCUGGAGGACUUCCCGGGGUCCUCCUCCGGCUACUCCUCAGAGGAUGAGUAUCUGGGCUACUCCGAGAUGGAUACGCGGAACUCGGGUUCCAGGCUCCAGGGCGCUGUGUCCAGGGUGGGCUCUGCGGUGUGGACAGUGGUCACUUUUCCUGGCCGGCUCUUUGGACUCCUCUACUGGUGGGUGGGCACCACCUGGUACCGCCUGACCACGGCUGCCUCCCUCCUCGAUGUCUUCGUUUUAACCAGGCGCUUUACCUCCCUGAAGACCUUCCUUUGGUUUCUCCUGCUGCUGCUGCUCCUGACAGGCCUGACCUAUGGGGCCUGGUACUUCUUCCCCUAUGGCCUGCAUGCCUUGCAGCCCACGCUGGUGUCCUGGUGGGAGGCGAAGGGCAGCGGCAGGCAGCAGGCGUCUUGGGAGUCCCGAGAAUCAGCCCCACAUUUCCAGGCAGAGCAGCGGAUCAUGUCCCGGUUGCAUUCUCUGGAGCGGCGCCUGGAAACUCUAGCCGCUGAGUUUUCCUCCAACUGGCAGAGGGAGGGCAUGCGACUGGAGCGCCUGGAGCUGCAGAAGGGGAUGGCGGGGGGCGACCAGGGGGGUGGCCUGAGCCACGAGGACACCUUGUCGCUCCUGGAGGGGCUGGUGAGCCGCCGUGAGGCUGCCUUGAAGGAGGACUUCCGCCAGGACACUACCGCUCGAAUCCAGGAAGAAAUGGCCGUGCUGCGGGCUGAACACCAACAGGACGCUGAGGAUCUCUUCAAGAAGAUCGUUCAGGCCUCACAGGAGUCUGAGGAUCGGCUGCAGAAGUUCAAGUCUGAAUGGCAAAGGACAGCCCGGGACCUCUUCCACGAGAGCUCCACGAAGGAGCUGGGGCGGCUGGAGGCGCAGCUGGGGGCCCUGCGACAGGAGAUGGAGGCGCUGGGCCUGCGGCAGAGCUCAGCGGACGAGCGGCUGGGCCUGUUCCCACAGCAGAUCCAGGCCCUGCGUGAUGAUGUGGAGUCUCAGUUUCCUGCCUGGCUCAGCCAGUUCCUCCUCCGAGGCGGGGCGGCCCGAGCGGGGCUCCUGCAGCGGGAAGACGUGGAGGCGCAGCUGCGGGAGCUGGAACGCAAGAUCCUGGCCCAGGUGGCCGAGUCUCAGGGCAAGACCGCCAAGGAGGCCGCUGCCAGUCUGGGCCUGACGCUGCAGAAGGAGGGCGUGAUUGGGGUGACAGAGGAGCAGGUGCACCGCAUCGUGAAGCAGGCCCUGCAGCGCUACAGCGAGGACCGCAUCUCCAUGGUCGACUACGCCCUGGAGUCUGGAGGGGCCAGUGUGGUCAGUACUCGAUGCUCCGAGACCUACGAGACUAAGACAGCUCUGCUCAGCCUCUUCGGGAUCCCCCUGUGGUACCACUCCCAGUCGCCCCGAGUCAUUCUCCAGCCAGAUGUGCAUCCCGGCAACUGCUGGGCCUUCCAGGGGCCCCAAGGCUUCGCAGUGGUGCGCCUGUCUGCCCGCGUGCGCCCCACGGCGGUCACCUUAGAACAUGUGCCCAAGUCACUGUCGCCCAACCGGACCAUCUCGAGCGCCCCCAGGGACUUCGCUGUCUUUGGCUUCGAUGAGGACCUGCAGCAGGAAGGGACACUCCUCGGCCAGUUCACCUACGACCAGGAUGGGGAACCCAUCCAGACAUUCUAUUUUCAGGACCCCCAAAUGGCCAGCUACCAGGUGGUGGAGCUGCGAAUUCUGACUAACUGGGGCCACCCCGAGUAUACCUGCAUCUACCGCUUCCGGGUGCAUGGUGAACCCACCCACUAGCGUGUCACCAAGAAAAGCUACAGCAGGGGCCAAGCCCUCUCACGGCCAGCAGCCCACCGCCUGCCCACACGCGUGAUCAACACUGACUCUGGGAGCAAGAAAGAACCACACUUGCUUCAAUCAGACCAGGACAGUGGCUGCCGUGGCUUGGGGCUCCCCUCUCUUGGGCAGGCACCCCUGUGUGCCAUCCAACUGUCAGGAUUGCUUCCUCCCAGGAGGAUGUAAAUAUGUAGCUUUUCAUGCAGGGUGGUGGCAGGCUGGGAAAGGAAGGGGCCAAAGCUAGGGAAGCUGCUGGCCAGAAUUGUGCCAAAGCCGAGGGCAGGGCACAGGCCCUGUCCAAGGCCGACUGAAUCCUCUGGGAGGAAGCACUUGAUGCAGGUGGCAGAGCCCCUGGACUCUUCUAGAAGGCCUGUGCCACCAGCCCAGGAGUAGCUGGGCCCACCAGCCCUGGAGGCCUUUUUCUGCACUGUUUGUCCUGGGUAAAAUAGGCCCAGGGCUCCUUAUACCCACUAUGAAGGGCUCUGACUCCUGGAGCCUCAAGGGAAUUGUGGGCCAACCUUGGGGUUACCCCUCUGCUGGCGGGGCAGUUAUUUUUCUCCUGAUGCUGUGGCAGCACUUACUUCUGCUCACUCUUUCCUGUCCCCUGAGCACUCUUCUUUCUUGUCCCCUCCUCUCCCCACCACCUCCACCCCAGGACCAGGAAGCUUCCUAAGAUCUAGACAUCUGGGGUCACCAGGGAAACUCUCCCCUAGAGCUCAUGCUCUAUGCUGGGGAGAGUUGAGGAACUGGGGUGACAAGUGCAGGGGGGGGUCUCCACCCUGUGGGCCCUGCUUCAGCUCCCUCAGCUUCUUUCUGGCUGGCUUUCUAAGGGAACUCUUAAGGAUGGGGGUUUUGGGGCGCUGGGCAGGGAAGGGGCUGAAGCAUAGGGGAGGGGUGCUUUAGAACCCGCAGGCCCUGAAGUGUUAUGUACAUAUUUUUUGAGGCAUUUUUUAACUGAAAAGCUAAGGGCUUGAUUCCGGCCGGGUUCUGUGGGGUGCUGGGCCAGCCAUACUCAGCUCCUCAUGGUCAGCUGCCUAGCAAGGGUUUUGGGUGUGGGUUGGUUCUGGCCUGUGUGGGAGGGGGCAGGAGGGCUGCUAUGUGGCACGUGCCCUUGGCAACAGGCUCUGAAGCUCAGGAUGGGGUUAGAAGGCAGGGUGGGGGGGGGUGUGGACAGCCUCGCCGCCACCCUGGCCCUGCUCAGUUUGCAAACGCUGCACUCUCGAUUCUGGACUCUGUAUCUCCAAAUUGGAACUUAUGCCUAUGCAAAACAAAAGAUGAGUUAUGGCCAGA